AUGCCCGCCUUGCGUCCCACCACCACCUCGAGCGCCGGCGAGCCGCGUUCCCCGCGUCUGACGCUCACCACUGGCGGCAGCGCCACGCCCUCUCGUCGCAGUGCCGCGCCCUCGCCCUACGCGCGGCCCACGCCGCCGCGCCUGCCGCCGGCCGCCGCCGCCGCCUCGCCUCGCACGCCGAGCACCCAGCGCGCCGUGGCCCUGCGCGGCCGCGCACACGAGGGCGACGCACCGCCGCAGAGCAGCCCGCGCUCGCCGGCGAUGAUGGCGCUGGGCGGCUUCCUCAAGGCCCUCAGUCCCUUUGCGCGGGCCAGAGGCAGCGCGGCCUUUGGGGCGGCAGAGGAAGAGGAGGAGGACGAGGGCGCGCAAGAGCAGGAGGACGAGGAGGAUGAAGAGGAGAGGCUGUACCCCGCGCUGCCGCAGCUUAGGUCGGGCGCUCAGGAGACUGAGCAGCAGCAGCAGGCGCAGCAGUCGCAAGGGCCCGCUGCAGCUGCUACAGCCUUCGCUCCGCCAUCUUUCGCUGCGCCCUCUGCACCGGCCUUCGCUGCGCCGGCUUUUGCGGCUCAGAGCUACGCAUCUCCGCCGUCCUUCAGCGGCUCCAUCUCGCGCCAGUCCGGCGCCUCCUUCGCCUCCAACGACGCUUCGAUGAGCGCCGCCCAGCCCGCAAGCAACACCUCUCCUCUCGCGCGCAACUACGCCCUCCUCUCUCAAUUCUUCGCCGAGAAGGCCAAUACCGAGGGCCGCGUUUCUGGCGCCCUCUCCUCGAGCUCUGCUUCGCCGCAGUCGACGUCGACGGAGCAAGAGAAGGCGGUCGAUUCGGAAGAGGAUGAGCUGGCGUCUACGACGGAAGAGGGAGAGAUGGACGAGAACGUCCCACCCGCUUCUCCCGCUCCGACGCUCGCUCCGAGCUUCUCCUUCAAGAGCAGCACGACUGCGACCUCUUCAGCACCGACGAGUUCGGCUCCUGCGCCUGCGCCCGCAAAGCCACUGUCCAAGGCCUCCUUCAUCCCUUCAACCUCGGCUUUUGCUCCCAAGAAGCCCUCGCCGCUUUCCCUCGGUGCCUUUGCGCCCGACUCGCCCGGCAGUGGCUCGGAGAGUGAGACGCCGGCUCGCCAUUCCUCUGCUUCUGCCAGCGCUGCCUCUCAGCAGCAAGAGCAGCAGCAGCAGACGCCGAGCAAGAAGCUCACCUUUGGAGCGUCAAGCGCGGCUGAGUCGACGACGCCGAAGAGCGAUCCGCCCGCCAAGAUGCUGUUCGGCGCGCCCGCUGCGACUGCGCCAGCGAGUCAGCCAAAUGAGAAGGCGCCGCCGUCGAAGCCGACCUUUUCGUUCGGCGCACCCACUCCCUCGAACGCUGCGCCCGUCUCUACGUCUUCGACGACACCAGCUUCCACGACGCCGGCAGCACCAGCGGUCAAGGCUGCCUUCACAUUCAGUCCCUCUACGCCUGCAUUCACGCCCGGUUCAACCGUCUCUUCUGCAGCUGCGGCUGCAGCGGCCACGACAAGUCCGUCCAGCGACGAGCGCACCGCAGCCUCGCGUCUCUCGUCAUCCGGCUUGCCCACGUUCGACUUCCCGGCACUGCCCACUUCGAGCGCCGCCGCGAAGACGGAGGAACAGAAUGCGGCGCUGAAACUGAGCAAGGAGGAGCUGCCGAGCUUCACGUUCGAGGUGCUUACUGCGGCAAAGGAGAGCGGAGAGAAGCCGGAGGCAGACCGAUCUGCGGCGCCUUCCCCGCCUUCUUUCGCUCCUUCUCCCGCGCCCUCUCUCUCGACCAACGGCGCGGGCACCGCAGCCGAUGCCGAUGUCUCCGACGCCGCAGCCGACGCCCCCUCGACGCUGGCGGGCGCAGGCGAAGGCGAGGGCGAAGAGUCCGAGUCGACGGCGUUUGAGAUGCGCGCCAAGCUGUGGAAGCUGGCCGAGAAGGAAUGGCGGGAUUUGGGCAUUGGCAUGCUGCGCAUCAAGCGGGAUGAGGGCAAGGGAAAGACGAGGAUGUUGGUGCGCAACGAGGUCACUGGCAAGCCUGUCGUCAACUUCAAUCUCUACAAGCAGCUCACGCUCAAGCGCGAAAAGCAGGUGCUGACGUUCACGGGCUUCGAGGAGGGCAAGCCGAUGAGCUAUCGCUGCAAGGUCAAGACGGAGGAGAUGGCACAGGAGCUCAAGGAGGCGGUGGAGAAGGGCGUCAAGGAGCUCUGA